GUCCUGGCUGUUGCGCCGGACUGCGCUGUGGCCAGAUCUAUUUCUCUGGUUCGGACGAUCAGGAUAGCUCUCAGGGCCCCGCCCUGUGUGGCCUUGCCUGGCUUGCUCGCAUCCUACAACCUCUGCAGGCAGGUUGGCGGGCCGAUCCCAGACCCACGUCCCACCUCCGGCCGGCGAAGAUCCGGGGAUGGGCAACGCCACCCAGCUCGCUCCAGAGCCAGCAUGGGUUUUGGUGAGGUGGGUGACUCUCCAGGAUGGGAGACAAGCCAAUUUGGGAGCAGAUUGGAUCCAGCUUUAUUCAGCAUUACUACCAGUUAUUUGAUAACGACAGAACCCAACUAGGCGCAAUUUAUAUUGAUGCAUCAUGCCUUACGUGGGAAGGACAGCAGUUCCAGGGGAAAGCUGCCAUUGUGGAGAAGUUGUCUAGCCUUCCCUUCCAGAAAAUCCAGCAUAGUAUCACUGCGCAGGACCAUCAGCCUACACCAGAUAGCUGUAUCAUCAGCAUGGUUGUAGGCCAGCUCAAGGCCGAUGAAGAUCCCAUCAUGGGUUUCCACCAGAUGUUUCUAUUAAAGAACAUCAACGAUGCUUGGGUUUGCACCAACGACAUGUUCAGGCUUGCCCUGCACAACUUCGGCUGACCUUCACCUGGCCAGAUACUCACGCUGUUUCCUCCUCCCUCCUUCCCAAUACUAUCUCACUCCUCCAGAUGCUCCAAAUAUCAUACACAUGCGAGCAGGGCCGGGGUGGGAGUGGGUGCAGUAAGCCUCUGUCACCACGGCGUUGUGCAUGAUGUUUGGAGGCUAGACUAGUGCAUCUGACAGGGGAAGUUUGUGUUGUACCAGCGCAUGCCUUGGAAAGACUUAAGUAAUGCAAAAGAUUGUCGGUUUUUGUUUUUGUUUCAUUUUGUUUUUUAAUCUACUGACAAGUUGCUCUAGUAACCCAAAGAAGUGAAGGAGAAAGCAGCUGCCUCACCGCCCAGAUAUUGAUUUGUUCAGAUGUUUCAAUGCCUCAUGAUACAAUAAAACCACAAAAAUUUUCUUAACA